AUGACGGCAGCACCGCCGCCUCCCUCGAGGAGCGGCGUCGACGCCGUCCUCGUCCCCGCACCAUCGCCGACGAGUUCUGCAUCCCCUCCCCUCCCAGCAUCACUCGUGACAUCUGGAUCCCAGUCGUCCACCUCGACACCCGACGUCGAAUCUAGCCUGCCCCACCUCCCCCUCCCCACCAUAUCCUCUUCCCUACCCCCACUCCUGCCCCCGUCGUUGCCAGCAAACACCGCCGCCGCCAUCGACCUGACGGGCUUGUCAGAUAGCGAUGACAGCCCGGCGCCCGCUUCCCGCAUGCCUGUGCCGGCCCUCCUUCCAGGAGGAACAGACCCAGGCUGGAGUGGGAACGGCCUUGCUGAUCAAGCCGUCCUGGGACAGAUGGGGUUCGAUGCGUCUGGCUCGAGCGCCGCCAUGAGCAGUGGCAAUGUCGGUGAAGGCGUGGGAGGAACGAAUGGUGGCGUGCCAGAAACCGCAAGUGGGCCUGGCGCCGCCGCCGCUGUUAUUGCCGCCGCGUCUCUGCCGAGCAGCUUGGACGUCGAGCAGCCCCCUGCUUCCUCGUCUACAGUGAACAGCAACGGCAGCACUGCAACGGAAGGCAUCGUGGUGGAGGUAGAUUCUGGCAGCGACAGUGACGAUUUCACCAUUACUGCAUCAACCGGUCCGACGCGCCCUGGUCUGCCCCCUGUUCGCCGACGUAUGAUGCCCCCCGGCGCCGCUCGCACCCAGGGCUUCAGCGCGACGGGUUCCAUUGGGCCUGUUGGUAGCAGCAGCAGAGGUCUUGACUACAACACGCACCCACAUCACGCCCAGCACGCCCACGGACGUGUCCACCACCCCCAGCACGGCAACGCCCUCGUUCACAACCACCAGCGCAACCUCCACUCUUCUCCUCUUUUGCACUCUUCACUCCCUGUCAACCCCGAAAACACAAACGCAGCUCAACUGUACGGCGCCGCGUUCGCAAAACAGCUCGGCAACAACUCGUUUUCUCCCACUGCUGGCUUUGCAAAGUUUGCCGGUAACGGUGCUCCAGGUCCUCGGCGCUCAAACUUUGCCAGCUCGUCCUCGUCCGUGAUGGGCGGUUUCACCACCCCCGGCCCAUCGUUCGCCGCGCUCGGCGCUGCUGGACCCUCCUCGGCAUCGGGCAUGAGCAGUAACGGCGACGGCUCGCCCUCGGCCCCCAUCGACGUCGAGCAGCAUGCGCUCAUGACCCCUCCGCGCCCUCCUGUCAUCCUGUCGCCUCAGCUCCCUAAAAAGCCGAUUUGUAUCGGUGGCUUCCAGACCCGUGCAAUCAUGCUGUACCCCAAGGACGCCGUCACGACCGGCAAGGCCUGCCCGCCCGACAGCCCAGAGCCAUGGGAGAUCAUCCCCUGGCGCGGCGUAGAGCUCCUUCGUGUCAAGCUCAAGCUUCGCAAAGCAGGCUCAAUGCCGCGCCCCGACGAACCAUGGUCCCCGCCGACCCGCGACACGAUCCAGGUCCUGACUCCCCAAAUGUCCCAGUACAUUGGCGACCUGGAGGAGAGCACAGCGGACAUUCUCGUACCCAUGCUCCACCGCGGCCUGUGUCGCAUGGAGGGCUUUGCAAUGCGCCUCCACCCCGGCGCGUCGCAGUACGAGUGCCGUGUCCACGUCGUCAUGUUCACCUUGCCGUCCAACGUCAGCUACAUUGCGGACACGCUCAUUGCGCACAACAUUUUCCUGCUCGACCCCGUUCCGGAUUAUGACCCCAGGCGUCACAUGGACGAGCCCGAGUACCACAAUGCCCAUGGCGGUGGUGACCGCGCCGCUGUCCUGCACCAGGCGUUUGCUCGUAAGCAGUACAGCUCUUCCCAGGCUGGGUCAUUCUACAAUGCCGCCAUGGAGAAGGCCAAGCUCGUCGAGGUCCAGCGCCAGCAAGUGGAAAAGGUCUUUGAAAGCAUUGCAGAUGGCGUCGAGCUCGAGCAGAGCGAUCCCGGACCGUGGAUCGCGACCGAGCUGUUUCCGCACCAGCGCCAGGCCCUCACUUUCCUUUUGCAAGGAGAGCAGGAUUGGUCGAGUCUCAAGACGGCCCGCAAGACUGCCGACAAGAAGCUCAUGGCCAAGAUCAAAAAGGAGCCCAAGGGAUCCGGCGAGGCGACUCCUGCUGCGUCAUCGUCCACUACACCUGCUCCUGAGACGGAGCCAUCCACCGUCGAGGCCACUUCCCGCGCCCCAUCACGUGCCCGCUCGCUCAAGGACGACAGCUCUCGCUCGCUCUGGGAGCCCUUUGAAAGCGAUGAGAAUGGCCGCACCAAGUGGUACAAGAACAAGAUUACUGGCGAGAAGCAAAAGAUGCGCAAGAGCAGUGAAAAGCCAAAGGAGGCCAAGGGAGCUAUCCUCGCCGACGACAUGGGUCUGGGUAAGACGCUGUCUGUCGUCUCGCUCAUUGCCGCCACGCACCGUGCGUCCAAAGAGUGGGCAGAGAAGAAGCUCGAAACCAUUCAAGGCGACGAUGAUGAUGUUUCUGGUCCCUCGUCCUCCGGCCUUCCAGUGUCGGCCAUGUCGACGCGCGUUUUUGGCAUGCCAGACAACGACUCUAGCGGCGACGCCGAGGGCAGCAACUCUAAAAAGGGCAAGAAGCGCCGCUGGCAGGAGACGGACGCUACUGCCGACGAGCACCGUGCCCGCCGCGCCUUGAUCGUGAAGCGCUCAAGGGCCACGCUGCUCGUGUGUCCCAUGUCUACCAUUACCAACUGGGAGGACCAGAUCAAGGAGCACUGGGACGGCCGUGUCGAGGUCGUGGGCGGUGUCGGAACGACCCCAGCUGCCAAAGGUGACAAGAAGAAUGGCGACGGCAACCUCGAUCCCGAUUGGGACAUUCUCCGCGUCUACAUCUAUCACGGCACCACGCGCAAGAUGGACGCUCGUUUCCUUGCCGAGUUUGACAUCGUCAUCACCUCGUACAGCACACUCGCCAACGAGUACUCGAAGCAGUGUGCUGCCAUGGGCGACGACGACACCCCGGCUGAGACUGGCGCCAACACGGACGAGGACGGCAACAAUGCCGACUCGUCACGUUCGUCUCGCAACGGCACCAAGACCGACCCCGAGGCCGAGUUCAAGCCCGCCGAACUGUCCGAUGCCCUGCGCAUGUCCAAAAAGGCCAAGCCCCGCAAGCGAGUUGUGAGCGGCGGUGCCAACGGUGCAGUCGACGCUACCAGCCCUCUGCAGGCGGUUGAUUGGUUCCGCGUCGUCCUUGACGAGGCGCACUGUAUCAAGUCGUCGGUGACUGUCGCGUGCAAGGCAUCGUGCAGUCUCGAGGCCGACCGUCGCAUCGCCCUCUCCGGUACGCCUAUCCAGAACAAGAUCGAGGACGUGUGGGCACUGUUCAAGUUCCUCCGUAUCUCGCCCAUUGACGAAAAGGACACGUUUACAAAGUAUAUUACGUCUCCUUGCAAGACUGGUGACCCCGUUGGCAUUGCGCGUCUCCAGCUCAUCAUGCGCUCCUGCACCUUGCGUCGUACAAAGGACACUGUUCAAGAAAACGGCAAGAAGAUCCUCGACCUGCCCAAGCGUAACGAGCACCGACUGUGGCUUGACCUGCGCGAGGACGAGAGGGCGGUCUACGUCGAGCGCCUCACGGACAUCAAGUCUGAGAUCGAUGAACUCGCCAGGAAGAAGCAGCUCACGAAAAACUAUGCCCAUGUCCUGCAGCAGCUCCUCAUCCUCCGCCAGACCUGCGACCACGUCGACCUGCCGUCGGCUGGUGUUGUCGAGGAGGACUAUGACGGCACCAUUAUGGACUUUGACGUUGCUGUCGCUGGUAUCCAGAGCAGUGGCCUCUCCAUGCCUCGUGCCCAGAGUGUCAUUUGCUCGCUCAAGGACACGGACCGCGGCGCAGUCUGCGGCGACUGUGGAGCCGAUUUUGGUCCCUAUUUCCCUUCCAUUGGUCCCAUGGGUAUCGACGAGUUGGAGGACCGCAAGGCUGAGCCCGAAACCAAAAAGGGCAAGAAGACUCCCAUGCGGCCCAUUCUCACCAAGUGCCAGCACGUCUUCUGCUUGGCCUGCUUCAAGCGUUCGGUCUACGCCCCCUGGCCCAAGAGGGUUACCGGUGUCACCCGCCAAUGCGGUGGUGACGGUUGCUGCCAAGUCAUGCUGCGUCUCGACAAGCUUGACGCCAUCGAGGUCGUUCCGCCAAACGCCAACGGCGAGAAUGACGACGACGUGCCCAAAAAGGUUGUCCGUCGCAAGAAGUGGACGCGCAAGCCUGGCGAGGCCCUCAACUUGUCCACCAAGAUGGCUUACCUCCACGCCGAGCUUCUCCGUUUCUCAAAGCACAACCGCAACUCGGCCAACUAUGACCCAUGGUCUAUCGAAGAGCGCGAAGGCGAAACGAUCGACCUCGACGAAGACGGUCUGCCCAUCCCCGUCAAGAGUAUCGUCUUUUCCCAGUGGACGACCAUGCUGGACCGUAUCGAGGACAUGCUCCAGGAGAUCAACAUUGGCUACUGUCGUUUGGACGGCACCAUGACGCGUGAGCAGCGCGCCGAGGCCAUGGACGCGUUGCGCAACAAGAAGACGGUCGAAGUCAUGCUCGUGUCCACGCGCGCGGGCGGAGUGGGCCUCAACCUCACCGCGGCCAGCAGGUGCUACCUCGUCGACCCUUACUGGAACCCGUCCGUCGAGGCGCAGGCCAUCGACCGUAUCCACCGCAUGGGCCAAAAGCGCGAGGUGACCGCCAUCAAGCUCAUGCUCAACGACACGGUCGAGAACAAGCUGGAGAGGAUCCAGCACAAGAAGUCCGAGCUCGCGAAAAUGUCUCUCAAGAACAUGUCGCGGAAGGAGCUCAUGGAGACAAAGGCCGAGGAGCUGGCCAGUCUGUUCAAUUAG